AGAAACAGAACGCUAGCCGGCAAGAGCAGACUUGCCUAUAAGUGAAUAAAUUAAAUAGAAUUUGAAAAAAAAUAAUAAUUUACCUUAAAAAUGUGCAAGCGUGGCUUCGAACAAUUUGUCCUUAAUUGUGGACUAACGCUAUUGUUGGUGGGUUGUAUUUUAGCCGCUGCACCUGAGCGACGCUGUCCGAUAGCGUACAGGUGUGCAGAUGUUGAGGAAGUCGUCUGGUCCACGGAUGGCAGCAAGUGUUUUGUGUGGCGAAAUGGCUGUCACUUGAAAAAUGAAAAUUGUCAGCGUCUAAAUAGUAGACGAGAAGAGUUACGAGAAGUCACCAAAGAAGAGUGUCAGGAAAAGUGUAUUGACGCCUGCGUAGAGAUUUAUAGCCCCGUUUGUGCUGAAUAUAACGGUGUCAGACGCACCUUUUCGCAUAGUUGCGCUUUGGAAGCCCAUAUUUGUCGCUCUGGAAAAACGUACAGUCUGUUUGGCCACGCAGAGUGUGAUACAAAUUAGUUGGUAACUCUCCAAUCUUGUAAGUUUCAUGAGCUUGCCUUUAAUGACAACAAUAAUAAUAUUUGUAUGUAUAUUUGUAUAUAUUUUUAUGUAUUGAAUUUCAUCAAAUUAUUAAAACGGAGCUUUUGUUUCAUAAGUA